CUCGAGUCGAGUGUAGAGCCUCGAUAAAAUUUGCGGGCAUUGCGGCUUACCUCCAACGCUCUGCAGUAAUAUCCAGUCUGCUGCAGGAUCGAUUAGAGCACCACCGCGUCUAUAAAUAAUCCCGAUCAAAGACUUUAUCCGCGCAAAUAAAGCGUUAAUUAAAAUUCGAGUAUAAGAAAUGAGCUAUAUUAUGUAGUGUGGUACGCCAUGGAAAAUUAUAAUAGACCAAAGAAACAUCACUUAAUAACAAUUAAAUUGCUUUCUUGAUGUACAAAGUUUUUUACAGCAGAUUUCAAAGAGCUGCUUCAGCGCGAAAUAGCCUCGCCGCACAGUAUCCACCCACGGGAAAUAUACGAAAACUGAACACGUACUGCCAUACCAUGUACGCAAUAUUGAAACAGCAUCAAUACACGUUUGAUGUCGAAUUCCGGUCGUGCUUUCGUCGCGGAACGACGACGAUAUCUCUCCUACGGCGCGCGCACACACACAUCCGAGACGCUCGCGGGUACACACGCACGAGUACUCGCUUUCAGCGCAGAAGCAGCCCGUGCACACACAUCCAACAUGCCUCGCGCUUCUGUCGCGAGUGUCAAUUGCCGUUCUAAGCAAGAGCUAAGCCGUCGCUCACAAAGCCGCGCCUGUCAAACGCGUGUAUCGUCGGCGGCUAUGCAAAUCUCCUCUCCAGCUCGGCAAAGAGAGAUCAUCUCUCACUCUCUCGGAUGUCAGUCUGCAAAGAGGCAAAAAAAGGAGCGCGCGCGGAAGAAUGUCGUUAUUACUGCAGCGCUGCAAUGAGAACCGGUCGAGCACGCCUCUUCUUCUCGCUCUUUUUCCCGCCACCGCGUACGUUGAUCAAGCUGGCCUCCCGUGCCGGUAUAGGUACACACACGUGCGCAAUAGACAGAAAGACUCCCCAGCUCGCCUCGACGCUCCUUACAAAUCGAUCCGUACAACUGCCGACGUUUGUGUUUCCACUGCUCUCGUACCUGCGCUCAUACAACGUUCGACUCUGCUCGCGCGCUCUCUAAUAUAGCGUGUAUAUGUGCUCUCUGCCCUGCGUAGCCCCUCCGGGGAUGUGGGCUGCGGAACAAGAACGGAAUCCUCCUCUUUAUACUCGGCUAGCUGCUUUCUCGGAUACACAUCGGGGAGAGACGAUUGAUGUCGUUGCGAAUUUUCUCUUCCUUCACGCGAAAGCGUCUCCAUUUGUGGCGUGGGGCACCGCGGUAAUGGAACUGCAGAGCUGGCUGCUCUACCACCUCGUAGCCGUGAGCGACUGCAAUCAAGUGAUGCAGUCGGCGGCUACAGGCGGUGGAGUGUACCCAGCGGGCCCGGGCAGCGGCGCGAUGACGACGGUCACGUCGGGCAGUAGGGCCCGCGACUUGGGCCUCAGGGCCCAGAAGAAGCUGCUGGGCAGGUUCGCGGCCUCGAACGCCGGACGCUCGCUGCUCAUCGACGACGCGACGACCUCCCUCCUCGACAACCUCUACAAGCUCAUGGAGCGCGCGGCGAGGAAGAGCCAGCAGCUCGACAAGAAGCAGCCCGAGAAGGUCCUCAAAAACAUCGUCAAGCUCUCGAUCAAGAUCGGACUGCUCUACCGCAACCAGCAACUCGGCCCGGCGGACACGGCGCACAUCGAGGAGGUCCGCAAGGCCCUGCGCUCGAGCGCGAUGGUCGUCAUGUCGUUCUACGAGCUCGAGUUCAGCUACGAGCGCUCCUACCUCGUCAAGUCGCUGGAGCGCUGCCGGGCGGCGGUGCACGCGCUCAUCAAGCCCCACCUGACCGACAAGUCCCAGGACCGCUGCGACCAGGUCUUCGACUUCCUCUGCCACCCGGACUUCCUCGAGGCGGUCUUCAGCCACGACUCCGAGCUGCGCCCGACCCUCGGCGCCCUCGUCCUCGACAUCAACAAGGCCCUCGAGACCGGCCAGCUCUGAUCACCGCGAUUGUUUCGGAACCGGAUGCAGGCCGAGUGCUCGGCACGAGUCCUCGCGAAGAACCAAGUGUCAAUAGCUGCGCGCGCUACCUUCGUAGUCUUCUUAUAACGCAGUGGAGUGAGAACGUCCCGACACGGGUAAGCGCGGCUGCUGCUCGCUGAGGGGAACAGAGCACGGCAAUUACCGUUCAUAUCAACAAAAUGACAAAUAUCUAUUAAUUUCAAAUUUUAGACACGCGUUUUUUCGGAAUUACAAAAAGAGCCUAACGGUCGGGAGGUUUUCGGUAUAUCGGGAUGUUUGCGAAAAUAGCAUUGUUUUUUAUCAUUCCUUUCAGAGCCAUUUGUAAAUAGGAGGAAUUGACAUAAAGAGAAAAUCGAAAACAGUACAGAACGUGUGUUAAAUUAUCAAUGUGAGAAUGAUCGUAGAUGCCACCCUUCCAUCAGUCUAGUUCUUGUAUGUAGAGGACUUGACUUUGUUAACGGCGCUCGAUCCACAUAUCCGAAAAGUGAUCUUACUUUCGUCUCGCGAGUAAUCUGCAAAGAUUCAGUAUUUUUUACGCUAGUUUCCAAAUCGGCAAUCAUUUUUAAUUUGCGUCGAAUUAUUAUUUAAUAAGAAUGAAAUCAAUCAAAAACUGUAUGAUCUUUUAUCGGAUAUUCUCGUACCAAUGAAAGUUUUGUAAACUCGUGUAAUAUAUCAAUAACGCAGGAUACAUUAAUGCAUGUAUUAUUCUGCCUAAAAAUAUUUGUAUGGCGUUAAUUCAAAAUAACACGACCAAAACUGCGAGACGUUACCAAUUUCUCAUCAAACGAAUGAUAGCUUAGCUGUGAAUAUUUGCUUGGGCGAAAGAGUUAAAUUAAAAUAGAUGAUUCAUCCGAAAACGACCUCGUUCAAAAGAAAAAAAAAAUAAAACAUACCUU